AUACUAUUUGGUCGAUAACGGACGUUAUCUCUACGUGAUUACGGCUCACACGAUACCCGUCCAGUCGGCUUGGAAUGUCCUGAGUGUUUUAAUGUGGUUUCGUGAUAGCCUUUGUUUGGGUGAAGAGUAAUAAGCAGUAUAAAACAAUGUAUUCGAAAUUUCCAUUUUCCUUAGAAAAUCUCCCGAGACAAAAGAGUUUUGGAUGUUUUUCUUUAAAACUAGGUGCAAUACUAUCAGCCAUAAUAAUAAUUCUAUACUCCCUCCUAUCGAUAGCCCAAUGUAUAGUCUUCGUGAGUGAGAACGGAGACAGUUUAAACCUCAAUGACUUCUGGACCUUAGUUGCUGUGGUGGUGAUGGUAGGUGCUGUGGUCACCCAUGCCAUCACCCUCAUUCUCAGUACCGUCAUGGCAGUAGGAACUCUCAAGGAGCACGCUGGUUUAAUACGACCCUGGCUGGUGUGGGUGUCCAUACAACUAAUUGUAGCACUUCUUCUUUUCGUAUUGUGGAGCACUAUGAACGUCAUCGAUCGGUUCCAAGACACCCCUCUGUUGAUCUACAUGCUUCAGUUCUUAAUCUUGUUGGUCCGUUUCUACAUGUUGAUAUUAGUGGGCAGCUAUUACAAACAGUUGCAAGAAGAGAAGGGUGAAUACGAUCGCCUGGUGACCAUCAUGAGCAAAGACAACUGGUACUCCACUUAAUACGAACAACCCGGAGAAUAUGAAAACUUCAAUAGGUACCAAUUAUUGGCUAUACACAAUACACCAAGAAUUAUCGAUGAAGUAUCAUCAUCUGUGAUUUGAAAAAAAAAGAUUGUUGUAAAAGAGAUUUCAUUAUAAAAUAUUUUUUUCA